CCGUGGAAGACGCUUCCGAGUUUUGUUUUUACUACGCGCGCGAGUGUCUCGUGGCGAGGACGUCCUUGUGCCUAGUCUCCGUACACACGAGAGCGUACACACGAUUGGUCUCGUCGCUGUAUUUUUCACACGAACAUUAACGCUCGACAUUCCGCCAGUCGUGUGGUGGAAUUCUCAUUAAUCCGUGGCCGGCACUUGCGAAAUUUGCUCGUAAGAUGACGGCCAAGCGAUCGACCGAUCGCUCGCCGCGAUCGAAGCUGCGCAUCGAUCGAUCUAUCGUCCUGACGUGAGCUCUCGCAGCCACGUUCAGUUAACGGACACCCGCGGUGCGAGUUGGUGUCGUGUCGUAGUGUUCGCGGAAAUUCGCACUCGUCAAGCGGCACCGAGCCACCGGCGACUUUGAUUGUGUGCUCACGUCCAGCUGGACUCGAUUCGUAAUUCGGCCAAAGUGAUCAGACGCAUUGCAAGGAACGGACUCGCGACGUAUUUGAUCGCGCAUCCCCCUCGCCCGCCGGCGCGGCGGAGGACAACGGCCGACAUAGUGGUUCGUUCACGAUGAUUCGAGAAUCGCUGUGAAGUUAGCGCGCGGUGUCCCUUCUUCGCGUGCGUCUCUCUCUCUCUCCCUCUCUCUCUCUCUCUCUCUUUCUCUCUCUUUCUCUCUCUUUCUCUCUCUACCGCUCCUCAUCUCUCUUUCAUUCGUGUAACUCGAGCGAAAUAACGAGCGCGCUCCAGAUCGGACGAGUGUCGGUCGUGUUUAGUCGACGAUCGUAAUUAAUGGCCGGGCGCUUUUUCUCGCGCUCGCGUGAUCGCGUAAAUGAGUGUGCCAGUGAAUCUUUCAUCGUGUUUGGAGCCAGGAGAGGAGAAUCAUAAUCGGAUCAGUAGCCAGCGUUCGCGGAACGGGAUUUGACGGAGCGCUGCGGGAUGCGGCUGUGUGUCCUACCGAUAGACAACGGUGCUGCUGUGUACCAACUUUGGGAACAGAGAUGAGUUGAGGAUCGACUACGAUGUUGAGUCGUCUUUCGGCCGUGGUGGCCUCCAUUUUGGUUCACCAGAUACACUUCCUGUGCGCCGCCAGCUCUUUGGGUGCAAAGUCGUUUCCAGGGUUCGAAAACCUGCCGCGCUCGUUUUGGCAUGAACUCAGUUCACCUUUCACAGAGGUUUACGAGGUGGAAAGUUUCGUGACUGAAACAAGUGGCACUCCUGAACCGAGGCCAUUUUUCGAGGAUCCGGAGAGCAACAUUACUGUGCAGCUUGGUGCUCAAGUCUACAUGCACUGCAGGGUGCAAAAUCUACAAGAUACUCUCAAGGUAUCCUGGGUGCGUAGGCGGGGAGAGGAGCUCCAUUUACUCACCAUCGGUCUGGACACGUACGCGAGCGACUCGAGAUUUUCUCUGGCCUUUGAGAAACCUAAUGACUGGCGAUUGCUUCUGCGCUCCGCCACGGAACGCGACGCCGGCCUUUACGAGUGUCAAGUCAGCGCCCACCCGCCAUUAAUCAGAACUGUCCAUCUAGCGGUGUCAGUGCCGAAGGUGGAAAUAGUCGAUGAGCAUGGCGCCACGGCCGGUGACAAGUUCUACAAAGCAGGCAGCACAAUAGAGCUGAAGUGUGUAGUCAGCAAUAUACCGCAGCCUACCGGCUACGUAACGUGGCGGCACGGCACCCGUACGCUGAAUUACGACACGACUCGCGGUGGCAUCAGCGUCAAGACGGACAUGGGUGCAGCCGGCGCGGUAUCCAGACUCUACAUCGCGAACGCGAAUAAAAAGGAUAGCGGGAACUACAGCUGCGCUUUGGCGGAUGUAGCAGCAGCCACUAUGGUGUCCGUCCACGUGCUGAACGGGGAGAAUCCAGCUGCCAUGCAACACGGCGGUACCACGGCCCCGAGGGCGACCUUUAUCUUCACCGUUGUGAUAUCACUGUCGUCGCUCCUAAGGUGACCGUGAUGACCCCGGUGCAUUUUGGACCUGCGAUUCGAAUGGUGCUAACUUUUCUCCCUCCCCGCCCGCGCCGUUGAGAGACUACUCGUGCGCCCGGCAAUGUAUUCUCUCCAAGUGAAAACGGGAACCUCGGCCUCGGUGUCCCCAUGAUCCCCUCCCGCCUCUCCUCCUUCGCCGACCGUCCUUCACUUUCAUGAGAGCGACCUAAGCCGCCGUCAUCAUCGCGACCGAUGCUGCGCGCGCAUUACAGGACGGGUCUAUCGUUUUCGCACGAAACUAUGGUGUAUGACAACGAAAGAGAGUUACUACCAGCAGCAUCGUCAUUAUCGUCACUGCCAUCAUCACCACCACCGCCGUCGCCGCCGCCGCCGCCGUCGCCGCCGCCGCCGUCGCCGCCACCACAACCGCUAUCGCUACCGCCACCGCCAGUACCACUAUCAUCACCACCACCGCCACCAUCAACGCCACCUUCACCCGCACCAUCCGUUGGUUCUUCGUGCUUCGGGAUACGGUGGGACUCGACUCUCGGACGAGACGUAGCCUUGCUUAGGAGCGCCGCCGGUUUUCUACCUCGCGGUUUCGUCGCGCGUCCGCGAGACAACGCGUCGCGGUCUCGCCAGCGAUGUUUCAGCUUGCCCCGAUGGAAAACAGCCCCCGACUAAUCACACCCCCGGGAGAUCCGACAUCGGCUCGUGGGACUCACGCGGAGUAAAUAACGCGCGCGCGUUCGCGUGCCGUGCAUUUCGGGAAGAACGAAAGAGAGUAAUUCAUCGCGCAUCCCCCGUCGCGUGUUUGAACAAACUAUCUCGCCCCCCCCUCUCUCUCUCUCGCUCUCUCGCUCCCUCUCCUGUUCUCCUCCCUCUUUCGCGCUGCUAACGUGUUGCGCGCGUUAUUUCGCGUGUCCGACACGCUGUUCAGACACGGAAAGCCGGCAAUUAAAACAUUCCGUUUUAUGCGAAAUAUGCAAACGCGAGACUAGUCGCGACAUGUGUUUCCAGCGAUGCUGGAAAACAGUUGUGCGAUGAUUCGAUCAACUGUACUCGACUAGGUACGUUCGUGCUUUUUUCCCUUGCUUCCUUUUCUAUUGCUUUAUCAUCAUCGCGAGGCUCUUAGGUAUCCGUUCGAAGCUGCCGAGCGACUUUUCUUUUCGUCGUCGAGAUACUGCAUCCCGGUUUAUAUGUAAAUCACAUUCAAGAACGUGUCGCUGUCUCGUCCCUGGUUUGAUGUCAUUUUCGUCGUUUUUUUGUCGUUGCUCUUUUGUUUCUCUCGGAAGGUAUAACAAGAAAAAGCUUUCUAUCGAUCGGAGGAAACGAAGUCUUACGAAGUAUGCAGCGGAUGCGUAAGCAAAGUUCGAAGGCUUGUGGGAAAUAUAUAUAUAAGUAUAUAUACAUUUUUGUGUAUAUACAUAUAUACACUUGUGUGUGUGUGUGUGUGUGUAUAUAUAUAUUUGUUGAACUUAUAUUGUGUAUGAAACGUUACGUACUUGUAAAUAUAUGAGUGACAUUUAGUGCAAAAGUUUCGGGGGAUUCCAAAAGGUUGAGCAAAUUCGUCGAACGACACCGUCCAAAGUAUCCAGCGCGUACUGGCUAAUUCAGCGAAUGUGGUAGCGUUUGCAUUUGGACUAGCGAUCAUUUCGACGUCCGGCUAACGGGCAAAUUUAUUGGACCGGGCAGAUCGCGCCGAUUUCCUUUCGUUUCGCGCGUAGGUCGCGCUUUACGGAGAGGCAAUAGAGAUCGAAGCAAUUCGUCCGGUAUCUCUAAAAAUUUCAUAGCCGCCAACCACGUCACACUCAUACUCACACUUACACAAACACAUACGCACAUCCGCACACAUAUCAUCUAUAUCUCGUCCUGUCGCGUUACGAGUUCGCGAUCCUACGAACGAAAUCGGAGUUCAGCCGCCAUCGAUAAGCGCCUUCGGCGUACGUAUCGCGGCUCUCAAAGCGAUCGCCGAUAAUUAUCGCCGACGAAAAGGAAAUCGUUCUCGGAGCGUUAAGCUCGCCGGCGCGCAUUUACGAACUUAUGUCGUCGUUGUUCGACAGACCGAUAUGCGGGCGCGCUAUUUUCACGGCUUUCGAUCACGGCGGAUCGAAGAAAUCGCGCUCGCCCUCUCCGAGCGUGAAACAACGAUCGCUCGGGCCGGGCUCCGGCCAUUGUCCGCCGGCGGCGCGUUUGGGGGUUUUCACGUCCGGCAUGAGCACGCGGCGCGAAAAAUAUGCGACGAACGUGAGGGACGAAGAUGCAUUCAUCCGUCGCCUCCCGUCCGCUCGUCCGCUUAAAAUAUGCUUGACGUUGACGAACGCCAAAUAAAAUCCGUCAGCGUCAGACAGGAAGAGAGAGAGAUAGAUAGAUAGAGAUAGAGAGAGAGAGAGAGAGAGAGAGAAAGUGAGAAUGGGAGGAAUGAGGGGCGCUGCGGCAGUCGCGCGUAUAAAAAAUUUCAUCAUUACAGAGACUUGACUAGGACCGUUCCUAUUUGCCGUCUGUUCGACAUAACUUUUUUUCGUCCUUUCUACCCUCCCUCUUGCCCGCUUUCCCCCUAGCUCCCUUCCACGAUCGUGACACGGUCGGAUAACUUGCGCUCGCACGUUCUUUCGUUUUUGCACGCAUAAUACUGUACUUUGUGAAUUUUGUGUUUUGCGUGUUACCACCAUUUUUCGUAUCUUCUUGGUCGCUCGAGAGUUCCAUCUCCCCCUCCUCCCUUUCCCCUGCCGCGUCGGGUACUUUUGGAAUUUAUAGUUGUUUCAACACAGCCGGCGGUUAUGUUUAAUUCACGAAACAAAAAGCGGCUUUUUUCUCUCCGACGCGAAAAUUCAAGCAUGAUAUGCGUAUACUUCUGUGCGCGCGGCAAUUUUGCGCGUGCAAAAUUCUGAAGGAAUUGUCAACGACGGUAGACGAUAGGAGACGAGGCUUCAGUUUCGCGGCGGCGACCGGGAUCGCGCGAUUCGUCGGCCGGCAUGCCGCGACGGUAAACGACGUUUCGCGAUUAACUGAUUUUUGCAUGCCCGCUCUGCACGGGCGAAAAAUCAACGCAGCGCGCGCUUUGAGCGCAAACAUCGCCGCGUAAUUCAUCAUCGCGCGUUAUAGAUUACACGCUUUGAAAGUGCUAGUUUGCAUAACAAAAAAGCCGCAUUAAAAGGACCCAACGGAAGAAUGGCAGCUCGAGCGACGAGAGUAAACUUACGAGGGCGUGGAGAGGAGGCGAAUUCAGGGGUAGGGAGGGGGAAGCCAAGUUAAGUCGGCAAAUAACAUAACGUGUGCGGCCGGCAUUUGCAUUUUAGAAAUUUUAUAGCACGUCCGCGCGCGGGCGCGCUAUGCGCGACGGUGAGUAUACGAUUGCAUUAGGGAUGUACUGAGGCGGAACUGCAACAUGCAGGAUCGAGCGAUAGGGUGCGGUAGGGUGGUGUGGCGAAGGGGAGGGAGGGGGCGCGGUGGUCGCGCAGGCAAAAGCGCGACAGUCGGACAAGGAUCGAUCGCGGCAACAAAUUGCCGAUCGUGCCGAUGGAAAAUGAACCGUUAAGCAGCCCUCCGUGACAAUGACGUACGGUUAGUUUGGCGUAAAUCAGUAGGCUCGCUGCUCUACUCUCCGCUACUCUGCGCUAUCGCUUACUCUAUAAUACCGUACUCUCUGUCUAGCCGGCAAUGCCUACCUCUCUCUCUCUCUCUCUCUCGCUCGCUCGCUCGCUCGCUCGCCGGCUGCGUAAUGUGAUAAUUUAACAGGAGCAUUAUUGCACAGGCAGGUGCAAAAUAUUUCAACGGGAGACGCGUGCGGCCGCACGCGAUCCGCUACGCAAAAACCACAUCCGCGCGUAACCAGCGCCCCGCGAUAAAUUUAAUUAUUAUUAUUUCGAGCGAGAGAGGGCGAAUGCCGAAUCGGGGCCGAGUAUUGGAAUGCAUUGAAUUGCAACGGCAUCGUCGACCGAAUGUUUCGCGGCUGAACUUUCCAUCCGGGUUUCUCCCUCUCUUUCUUUCCCUCCUCGCCCGCCCUCUCACUCUUUCUCCCUUUCCUCGCUGGCUUUCCUCCCCCUUUUCCUCCUUGUCGCUCUCCGCCUUCCUCCGGCUUCGUGUUUCUCCGGUUUACUGUCCAGUGUUCUCUACCGAGUCGACCUUUCUUUCUUUCUCUCUCUCUCUCUCUCUCUCUCUUUUUCAUUAUCAUCGUUGCCCUUAUAUCUUUUAAUGAAAAUUUCGAGAGGCGUCGUCUAUCCUGUUCUCCGUUGUUUCCGCAAGAGCGUAAGAUUCAGACCUCGCGGCCUUAAUUCGCGGGAAAGACCCAUUUUGCGAUUUAACAUUAAAUGCGCGGUAAAAAGCGGCGACGGACAGGAUUUGCAAUUGCACGCCGGCGGGCGCAAACGCAAAUUUCGCACGCGGGCUAUUCAUCCUCGCUUGUCGACGGGCAAUACGACUGAAUGUUAUCAGUUUCGAUUGUUUACCUGCUCGGUGCGUUUGUCCGCGCGGAAUCCAUUUUCGCGAAAGAUAGGGCAAAAUUUUUCAGCUCGCGCGCCGUGCGGCCGCCAUCGGCCAUUUGUUUAAAAGGACUCUCGCUCGAUUAACGGUAUGACGAUGUCAUCACCGUUAUUCUAUAUUUCUGUUGUGCCUAAAUGUAAUGUCCGCGAUGAGUCGUUCGACAGACGGUGUUUUCUGACGAACGGCCGACGAGUAACAAUUUUCGAGGAACAAUUUUUAUAAAUUUAACGCCGCCGCCGUCGCAUUUUUAAUUAAACGUCGUCCACCGUGACACGAUGAGCGCCAUUCGGAGAACUACCCUUCCCAAUGUUCUCUCUCCCUCCGCACAUUACUCGUCAUUCUUUUUUAUUCCGUCCGGUAAAACUCGAUGGGAAUCAGACCAGCGGUGUCACAUGCAAAAAUGAUCACGCUAUCGUUAAAUCCCGCUAGUCUACGUGAGUCACGAGUGUAUCGCGUGUAAUCGAAGUAACGUUAAAAUGAGGUUCGUUUCGAUAAUGGACAAUGAAUAACAUUUUCAACCCCAACUCUUAUAACACCGCUCUCAUCACCGUUGCUGCCCCCGUUCCGAGGUAAAAUGCACAAAAUUUCCGCUAGCAGAUAUUUCCGUUUGUAUAGUGCACCGUAAAUUAAUAUAAAUUACACACACGCACACACACACCUACACACACGCGAUUCAGGGAAUGCACGCAGCGCGCGUCGUGAGAGUGAGCGCGCCAGCGUGCUCUCGAUUAUUGCGCGGCGUCGUUUAAUUUACGCGAGUGAUACGAAUCGUGGAUUUCGGUAUUGCGAAAUUUACACGCUUAUCUCUCUCGGGGAUAACGCGUUCGUUCGCUCGCUCGCUCGCUCGCUUGCUCGCUUGCUCGCUCAUUCAUUUGCUUGUGCCCACUAAUCUGUCCGCUUAGAAACGAGCAAGGAGAGAGAAAUAGCGAAAGAAAGAGAGAGAGAGAAAGAGAGAGGGAGAGGGAGAGGGAGAAGGAGAAGGAGGAGAGAGGCUCUUGCGCAAUCGUUCGACCGUCGAAUUUUUACCAGAUUAAGCUUAAUUAAAAGUAGCCCUCCGGUGAAUAUAAUUGGCCGCUGUUUAAUUUCUCUUCUUCGUUUUGCCCGGCGUCGGUCAUGGGACGCGUCCCGCCAUUGUCCGGCGCGCGAUGUGUGACGAUCACCUGUACAGUCCCGGCCGGCUUCACGCGAGCCUCCGGAUAAUAAUAUCACGAGUGUGCGUGUGUGUAUGUAUGUAUGUAUGUAUGCAAGCAAGCAUGUGUGCGUACGUGAGUGCGCGUAUACGUGCGUAACGCGGAAGCGCGCGAGAGAGAUCGCGAGCGAAAUAAUCUACGUGUGUUCGAUAAUGUAACUCGAGAAUUAGAAGUUAAGCCAGAGCGGGGCAGCGUGUCGUUGCCGAACGACCGAGGCACGGGAGAGCGAGUGUGCCCUGAGUGUGACAGCCAGUGUGUGAGUGUGAUACAUGUGUGUGUUUCACGCGUGUGACGUAUGCAUGGGCGCGACGCGCGAGUUUGUUCGUUCGUUCGUCGUUUGCUAGCUCGCUCGCUCGCUCGCUCGCACGUGUCCUCCAAGUAUAUUCUAUCGUCAUUAAUCACGUCUCAUCAUCCCGUCAUUACCAGUGUACUCACCAUGACAAGUAGGAUAAGCAUCCAUAAGUUAUCGAAUACUAAUAAUAUCAUCAUUAAUGGCGACAUUAAGGCGAAGGGAGAACCCACGAUGCCCGCGAGAGUGCACGUGCGUCGGUAGAGGAAAAGAGUCAAAGAGACGAAGACGAGAUGACACACGUAUACCGAGAGAAAGAGAGAGAGAGAGAGAGAGAGAAAGACAGAGAGAGCGAGACGAAUAAGAGAAGAAGCUCAUUUAAUGUCGGUAAUCAUUGUUCAUUAUUUAUAAAUGACUCGAAUGCAGGAUACAAUAAAACGCAUAGUACUUA